AUCGGCCACGCCAUUGGCUGCGCGGGCGGAAUGGGCUGAAAUUCGGCGGACACGCCUCCUACGGCAAGCCAGAGGAGCAAGAUGGCGGCGGGUGGUGCGGACGCGGACCUGGAGUUGGAGGAGCUGCUGGAAAGUGCCCUCGAUGACUUCGAAAAGGCCAAACUCACCCCAGCUCCCCAUUCACCCACUACCACCCCUGCUGAUGCCUCAGAGUCGCAGAAGAAAUCUCCAGGGGACACUGCCAAAGACGCCCUCUUCGCCUCACAGGAGAAGUUCUUCCAGGAGCUGUUCGACAGUGAGCUGGCGUCCCAGGCCACAGCUGAGUUCGAGAAGGCCAUGAAGGAGCUGGCUGAGGAACAGCCACAUCUGGUGGAACAGUUCCAGAAGCUCUCGGAGGCGGCGGGGAGAGUGGGCAGCGACUCAACCUCCCAGCAGGAAUUCACAUCCUGCCUCAAGGAGACACUGAGCGGGCUUGCCAGGAAUGCCAGCGAUUUGCAGAACUCAGGCAUGUCGGAAGAGGAGCUGACCAAGGCCAUGGAGGGGCUGGGCAUGGGUGAUGGGGACGGAGAUGGCAGCAUCCUGCCCCUCAUGCAGAGCAUCAUGCAGAACCUGCUAUCCCGAGAUGUGCUAUACCCAUCUCUGAAGGACAUCACAGAGAAGUACCCAGAGUGGCUGCAGAGUCACCGAGAAUCAUUGAGUGCAGAGCAGUUUGAGAAGUACCAGGCGCAGCACAACGUAAUGGGCAAGAUCUGUGAGCAGUUUGAGGCCGAGUCCCCUGCGGACAGCGAGGCCAUCCAGAAGGCUCGUUUCGAGACGGUGCUAGAUCUCAUGCAGCAGCUGCAGGACUUGGGUCAUCCUCCGAAAGAGCUGGCUGGGGAAAUGCCUCCAGGCCUCAACUUUGACCUGGAUGCCCUCAACCUGGCGGGUCCUCCAGGUGCCAAUGGCGAGCAGUGUGUGACCAUGUGAGGCACCUACUCCAAUCUGUCCCAGUGUCAGGGCUCGCCCUCCCCCAGGAUGAGGGCAGCAUCCAGUGGUUCAGGAAGGCCCCUCUCGAGCUGGGUCUCCCCCAACCCUGCAGAAGACUCAAACCCAGGCCUCUGUGACUUGUCUGUCCUGAGCAGGGACAGCCCGGGUCUGGGGUCCUGCCCCUCUCCAGGUGGGGACCCUAGUUAGGGGGCUGUGGUGAGAUGAUGACUCGGGUCAGCCUUGCCCUCUUGUUUCUGACACCUCAUGUCAUGACUCAGGAGGCCUGAGGGGGCUCCUGUGGGCAGAGAAAAGCCGGGUGCCCUGCUACCUGCUGGUCUGGCCUGGACUUUGCUCUGCCCGAUCUCUCAAACAGUUUUUUACUAGCUCUCAUCUGAGCCACCCUGGUCUCCUGCCUACUUCUGCCCCCCCCUCCCCCCCCCCCGCCUGCUGCUGUUCAAUCAGCUGGCAGACAGUGAAGAGGGGACAGUCCUGGACUCGGGUUGUUUGCAGAUGCAAGCCUCUGACUACGUCGCCUGGUCAGGGAGUGGUUUGGGAAAGGGCCAGUGUGGGCUGGGUCAGGUCGGUUUUCCGACUAAUAAUAAAUGUUCUAAUAAUAAA